AUGGAGGUGUACAUACAAAUGGUAGGGUGUCACAAGCUGGCAGUGCCUCCGAGCCUGCGCCUAUUUGUGAACGGAGAAUUCACGCUGUUUAACUGUGGAGAAAACAUGCAAAGAUUUUUGAACGAGCAUAAGUUACAUGUCGUUAAAACAAGGAAUAUAUUUUUUACGAAAAUUAAUCCAGAAACGAUUGGAGGGUUAGUCGGUCUCCUCCUAACCAUAGACAACAUAGCAAAUAGUAACAUAUCGAUUUAUGGACCCAAGCCGAUAGAACAGAUAGUUAACAAUUUCAAGUGUUCCUUUGCGAAACUGAAAAAUAUAAAAUUACAAGUACACGAAUUUUGUGAAAGCAUUCCAGUAGUUUUAAAGGGAAACGUUGUUAUAACCCCAAUAGUGUUACAAGAAAAAGGAGAAAGUGACAUGCCCAACCAGUGCGUAGAAGAAGUGGAUCAUAUUGAAGGAAAAAUAGCUCCUGAAUCGGCUGACACGCAUUGUGGGGGAACGAACCACUCACGUGAAGGGGGCGCAGUAAAACAUGGCUCGUCUGGGGGAAUCCGCUUGGAUAAUUUUAAGAAGAGGAGGCUGCAGGAGGGGUACACCCCGAAUGGGGACAAUCAGGAGGGUAGCCACGAAAAUGUAGAAGCAGACGAGAAAGUCCCCCCAAAUGGAGAAACCCACCGAACAGACCGCCCCAGUGAAGAAAUUCCUAAGGGAAACCAGCUCGAUAGAGAGCUUAUUUACGAAGAGGGACUCCCUAGCACUGCAGAAGACGAACGAAAUGACAAAGGGACCAAACCAGAGAAGGGCCAAGUUAAGAAAAAGUUCAGCACCAUUUGCUAUGCAAUUGAGUGUCCACAAACAAUUGGAAAAUUCCACGUCGAAAAGGCAAAGAGCUUAAAUAUCCCACCAGGAAAAUACUACGGAAUACUAAAAUCUGGAAAGCCCAUUACGUUAAAUAAUAAAGUAAUCAAGCCUGAAGACGUGUGCGAUAAAAACAUAGACGGAAGGAAGGCCCUAGUUAUUGAUUUAGAGGAUGUUGCUGAUGUAAAAUAUUUGUUGGACGAACUUACCAGUAAGGAGAAUUUUUAUUUAAAAAAUUUGGAAUACAUUUUUCAUUUAUCUGGGGAAGAAAUUACCAAUAUGGAAAAUUAUAAAAAAAUUUUUUUAAGUUUAAAAAAUGUGAAAAAUGUUAAAUGCAAUCAAUCCAGUAGUUCUUUGAAAUACAAGGCGGACACCCCCUUGUACGAUCUUUGCCACGCAUCAGCAGAUGAUGAUGAUGGGAAGGAAGGCGGAAUACUGGCUUCAACUGCGAAGGAGGGUGGGCCUACAUGUCAAAUAGGUAAUUCCUCCCAAAAGGGGAGCGCCUCAUAUGGUCCUACCGCGGGGGAUUUAAAAGAAGUGGAGAAAGAGGUGGAGAAAGAGGUGGAGAAAGAAGUGGAGAAAGAGGUGGAGAAAGAAGUGGAGAAAGACGCGGAGAAAAAAGUGGAGAAAGACGCGGCGAACCAAUCUGAGUGGGAACAAGGCGAUUCCUACCUUGUGUACAACCCACUGAGCAAAUUUGUUCUGCACCCGUUUCACAAAGUUAGCAUAAGCACGGAAGAGAUGCUGCGCGAAUUAUAUCCAACUAUUUUUAAUUCCGCGAAAAUAUCAAACGUGUUAAGUCAUAAUGAAGAUUUGCUGAAGCGAUUUGAGCAUUUUAACACUAGAGCAACGCAGAGUUACUUAAAAUUUCCAUCCUUUUAUUUUCUCGGUACUGGUUGUUCAAUGCCCUCAACGUUUCGAAACGUUUCUGGUAUCAUUUUAAACGUUGAAGAAAAUUUCAGAAUUGUCUUAGAUUUUGGAGAGGGCUCCCUCUACCAGCUGUACUGGAUGAGCCAGUCGUGGCUCCACUUUUCCAAGACCAUUAAGUCGAUUAAGUAAAUGCCUCCGCAAAAUUCCCCCUUACAGGUUAUGCAUGUUAAAGAGUCCUACGGCAUAAAAAUUGAACGCAAAAAUAUCGGUUCCGUGGUUUACUCAGCGGACACAAGACCAUGCGAUAAUGUCAAAAUGUUCUCCAAAAACUGUGACAUUUUGAUACACGAAGCCACCUUUGAUGACGAAUUGCUGGACGAAGCCAUUCAUAAAAAGCACUCUACAACACAUGAGGCUAUGAAAAUUAGUCUAGAAGUUCAGUGUAAAACGUUAAUACUAACUCAUUUCAGCCAGAGGUACCCAAAGGCACCCAAAUUAAACAAGUCAUCUUCCUCCGAAAUUAACGAAAUUAUGAAUAAAACAAUUUACAGCUUCGACUACAUGUGCAUUCCCUUAAAUUUAAUAAACGAAUUACCUCAUUAUUUCAGCAUUCUAUUAAAUUUAUUGGAAAAAAUAUUUUAA